CCACAUAGCGCCCUCGUCUUUCUAGGGUUUUUAGUGAUCCACCGCCAUUACCCCACAGGAGGCGCGGCGGCGAACUCUCUCCUGUCGAAUCCUCUGCGCGAGAUGGCGACACAGAUGAGCAAGAAGCGUAAGUUUGUGGCGGAUGGGGUGUUCUUUGCGGAGUUGAACGAGGUGCUGACGAGAGAGCUUGCGGAGGAUGGCUAUUCAGGCGUCGAGGUCAGGGUUACGCCCAUGCGGACGGAGAUCAUCAUUCGGGCGACGCGCACCCAGAACGUUCUUGGUGAGAAGGGCAGGAGGAUCAGGGAAUUAACGUCGGUGGUGCAGAAAAGGUUCAACUUUCCUGAGAAUGGUGUUGAGCUCUACGCCGAGAAGGUGAACAAUAGGGGUCUGUGUGCCAUUGCUCAGGCCGAAUCACUCCGUUACAAGCUUCUCGGAGGUCUUGCUGUGAGGAGGGCCUGCUAUGGUGUCCUGAGGUUUGUCAUGGAGAGUGGUGCAAAAGGAUGUGAGGUGAUUGUAAGUGGAAAACUUAGGGCUCAGCGUGCUAAAUCAAUGAAGUUCAAGGAUGGAUACAUGAUUUCUUCUGGUCAGCCAGUCAAUGAAUAUAUUGAUUCUGCUGUGAGGCAUGUUCUCCUUAGACAGGGUGUUCUUGGAAUCAAGGUCAAGAUUAUGUUGGACUGGGAUCCAAAGGGAAAGCAAGGACCUACCACUCCUCUUCCAGAUCUGGUCACCAUUCAUCCCCCAAAGGACGAAGAAGAAUACAUCAAGCCAUCACCUGUGGUGGCUCCAGAGAUAGCGAUAGCAUGAUAUCUUACACUUGGUUUCUUCAGUCUUGGAUCAUCUUCUAGGGAGAUAAAGGCUCUAAGAAGAGUUAGCUUGUUAUGCUUUCUUAAAAUGACUUAUUACUUUCUAUUAUAUGUUGGUCUAUUUUGCAAUGCCUGAGUUUGUUCUAUGACAGUACCUUUUAAGAGUAACCUUAUUCUGCUCGUGCUAAGAAUAAUUUGCUGCUUUAUAAUCA